AUGGACAAAGACCAAUUCCACGUCAUUAUUGUUGGAGGCUCGAUUGCUGGCCUCACUUUAGCUCAUUGUCUACAUCGGGCGGGAAUUAGUCACGUUGUGCUCGAGAAGGCCAGCGAACCAGCACCUCAGAUUGGGGCAUCCAUUGGUAUUUUGCCGAAUGGUGCUCGAGUGCUCGAUCAACUGCAAUUGUAUGAGACCAUCGAACAAUAUAUCGAACCUCUGGAAACGGCAACCAUCGGCUACCCGGAUGGCUUCAGAUUCAGUAGUUCCUAUCCUAAACUAGUGAACGAGAGGUUCGGAUUCCCUAUAGCCUUUCUCGACCGACAGAAGCUGCUUGAAAUCCUCUACCAGCACUACCCAGACAAGAGUAGGAUUCGGCUGGCCGCAAGGGUCGUCAGCAUUGAGAGCUCUUCUAUCGAUAGCACGAUAACUAUGGAAGAUGGGACGAUCUACAAGGGUCAUCUUAUCGUCGGUGCCGACGGCGUCCAUAGCAGAGUUCGCGCAGAGAUGUGGAAGGCUGCACAGAGAAUCAACCCUGGUUUGGUCACAAAGAGAGAACAGAGAAGCAUGACGGUAGAAUACAGCUGUAUUUUUGGCAUCUCUGCCCCCAUCAAAGGAUUGAUUGUGGGUGAACAGGUGAAUGCUUUCUUUGAUCAUCUCACAAUCGUCACGAUCCACGGCAAAAAAGGUCGAGUUUAUUGGUUCCUAAUCCAGAAGCUCGACCGGAAAUAUGUCUAUCCCGAAUGCCCUCGCUUUACAGCCAAAGAAAUCGGCCCCAUCGUCAAUCAUCUGAAAGAGGUAAAAUUCUUCAAAGAUAUUACAUUCGGGCAGCUCUGGGAUAGUCGGGAGACAGCCUCCAUGACGGCGUUGGAAGAGAAUGUCUUUGACACCUGGUACCAUGGUCGAAUGGUUUUGAUGGGCGAUAGUGCCCACAAGAUGACACCAAAUAUCGGACAAGGGGCCAAUAUGGCCAUUGAAGACGCGGCGGUCUUGAGUAGCCUUUUGAGUGAUUUGCUGCAGAAACAGACACAGCCUCCGACCAACGCACAGAUUGAAAAACUCCUAGCCCAGUAUCGCGAGGUUCGACAUCCUCGAGUCAAUUCUAUCUAUAAAACUUCACGAUUUUUGGUUCGAUUCCAGGCUCGAGACGGGAUCUUCAACACCCUCUUUGGACGUUACUAUGCACCUCAUGCAGGCGAUCUCCCAGCUGAUAUGGCCUCCAAGACCAUCGCUGGCGGUGAAUUGUGUGCCUAUCUUCCCUCUCCCAGCCGUUGUUCUUACGGAUGGGAAAAAUACAAAAAUAGUGGGCUUGGAAGGACUGUGUGGUGUGUCCUGGUGCUUCUCCUAUCGGCUUUGACGUGGAGUUGCCUGGGAAACAUGAAUAUAAUCAUGGAGCUGCCAAAGAGAGUUUCUAUGAUGAGAUAG